CUGUUUGUUGUGUGCGUGUUUAUCAGUUGGUCUGUUUCCUUCCUUGUAUACAAUUGUUAACUGGGGUUUCAUUGUUAAACAUUGAUGUUUUUUUUAUAUAUAAAACAUAAAGCCAGUAGGACAAGAAUAGUUUAUAUUAAGAUGAUAUUCAUGUGUGAUAGAAGUUUUCAAGGACAAUUUCAUUGUGUACAGUUCCGCGGAUAAUUCAGUCAUGGCUACUACAAAAUCUCCGGAAAACACGUCCAGUAUCUAUCACGAAGACGACUUUUUAUUUAUAAAUCACCAUGUGCUUAUGGACUCACUAACGCCAUCACUUAUUUAUAUGAUUGUGUUGCUAAUCUUUGGAAUUCCUGGAAACAUAACGGUGCUUUAUAUCUACAUAGUGAAAUGCCGUCCGUCGACUACGCGCAUUUUUAUUAUGGCGUUAGCGUUUCUCGAUAUUGUACACUGUAUAUUCAUCAUGCCAAUAGAAAUAGCGCUACUAGUGAAUUUCGAUAGCUUUGAUUAUCCUGUUUUGUGUAAAAUAUCUCGUUUCUUUUCAUCAGUUAUAAACAAUUCGUCUGCUUUCAUAUUGAUAGCAAUUGCCAUCGACAGAUUCAAAAGGAUAUGUCGGCCCCAUGGGCAUCUAGUAGAACCAAAUAUGGCCAAGAAGCUUGUGAUUACUGCUUUAAUAUUUGCCAUUAUUACUUCUUGGCAAAUGUGUAUGCUUUACGGCACACGUACUCUGAAACAUGGCAAAACCUGUUUAAUUUCCGAUCAUAUGCAUGGCAAAAUUUUUCCUACAAUAUAUGUGUAUGUAUUAGUAGUUGGACAGACAAUAACAGAUAUGUUGCUCAUUAUAUUUUACUCACUUGUUGGUCGAGAAGUAUGUAUUCGUAAAGCACAGAGACGUCAUAGACGAAGUUUACGCAUGAGCACAGAAAUUUCACAAAUGAGAAACAGUUUAGAUUUUUCAGACGAAACACCGUCUCCGAAUUCGUCAUCAGAACCUUCCAGCAGGUUUUCUUUUAUUUUCAGAAGGGAAACAUCAAACGAGUCAUCUUCUAAAAGUGCUGAAUUAGCGCGUUCUAUAUCAAGACAGUCUAGAGGAAGUAGUAUUAGGCGACAAGUAUUGAGUAAAACAACAAUCAUGAUGUUUCUAGUGACCGUGACAUUUAUUUUAUCGUUUGUACCGCAUACAGUUGCAGUUAUUAUUCGGUACCAGGCGAAGACAAUAGUUCAAUCUUUGACAGUUUCAGGAAUGACGACAUAUCAACUAUGUCUUAGGUCGUAUUUCAUGAAUAGUGUGCUCAACCCUUUCAUCUAUUGUUUUGUCAGCAAACAAUUCAGAAACCAUUUUAAAGAAAGUCUUCAAUGGUGCAAAAAACAAGGAAAUGUGAAACUGUAGAUUGCACUAAAAUAUAUGUACAUCUAAGUAUCGAACAUCGUAGCAUUAUGAAUUCCUACCAUCGUAUUGUGUGCAUUUUGUUUCAGCU